GUUAAAGGGCCAUUGUCCAGCCAUGAUUACGUGUUACUGAUCAAUAUUUUAGGUUUUGGGAAUAUCCCUACUAUCAUGUGAACAUUUAAACUGUAGUUCUAUGCAGGCUGUGUUUUGAUUCCAGAAGGUCGGUGCAUGUGAAAUGGAAAAGAUUUGUGGCAAAAGGAAGGAAAUUACAGGUUUACAGUUUCUUUUAGCACUACUAUUUCUGCUUAUUUGUCUCAGAGCCUCAUCAGGUGAUGAAUGCCUUCUUGAUGCCUCACUUCACCCCCUGACAUCCAGAAGUGGCUUCAAACAGUGUACGGAUACCAGUUGCCAAAAUGUUGUUUGUCAGCUCGCAGCGCCUUAUUCAACCUGGAUUGGAUCUCAUAACAUAACUAUGACCUGGGAGUCCCUGAAUCAGUCUGAUGUGGUGUAUAUUCUUCAGUGGACCGGUCCUAGUCUGUCUGGGAUUUGGGCACAAGCAGAGAAUGUCACAGAAUCAACAUACACCGUCCAACAGUUGGAACCUUUUACCUGCUAUAAGUUCAGGGUUUGGGCCAUGAUAGCAGAAAUACAGGCUUGCUCUCCAUCAAGCCCUUGGUACCAGACAAAACCUUUUGGACUGCCCUCCAGCCCAUCCAUUGAGAGUAUUGAGAGCGUGUCUGGAGAGAGUGUGGAGGUUCGCUGGUCUCUACCUAAGAAACCAGGAGGACCCAUCUUGGGCUUCAACCUCAAUCUCACAUCCAAUGAACACGUCACCAGUGUCACAACCGGAGGAAAUGUAUUCUUCAACACAUUCUACCCAACCUUCCAUAACACUACAUAUAGGAUCUCAAUAGCUGCUGUAAAUCAAGAGGGCCAGGGUUCAGUUGCUGAAGGCAGCAUAACAACACCAGCACAAGUUGAGCAGAAUGGAGGCCGCUGGGUCUUUGCAUCCAGAUGGAACUCAUUAAGGAUGAGAGAAGAGGAUGCCGAUUUCUUCACCACAGCACUGUGCCUCUCAGAUAGUCUAAUCGAGAGCAACAUCACAGGGGUGGCAGUGCACUACAGUUCCAACCAUGUCUACUUCUCCGAGGGGACUCGUAUCUGGUCAAAAGGGGCUGGGAAUCUGACUGACCACUCAGAUCUCAAGCUUCUGCACUCUGCCCCGCUGGAGGUCACAGCACUGAGUGUAGACUGGCUUUAUCAGAGGAUUUACUAUGUUUCCAGUGGUAAGGUCUACUACUGUGGAUUAGAUGACUGUUCUUUUCCAGUGGUUAUGAAUCUCAACCUUUCCAGUGACGCUGUAAAUAUAAUUGCAGAUCCGUAUAAUGGAUGGCUGUUCUUGUUGCUGAGCAGUGGAAUAUACCGUUGCCCUCUUCCAGACGCUUCUGACCAACAACAUGAGAUGAGUCACAUCGUAAAAACACAUUCUGUCUCCAACUUUGUGGUCAGUUUCCUUAAUAAGAGACUGGUUUAUCACGACAAAAGUGAUCAAACGCUCAACGCCACAUCUAUGGAUGGAUUAUUUCCCGUUACGCUGUACACAAACGUUAACUUUGAAGCAAACAGCAUUGUUUAUGAGGACGAUUUCUUCAUGCUCACCAAUGGACAUGCACUUUAUAAACAAGUUGGCCAGAGUCAAGUGGCCGCCUUUAAUGAAUUCACUAUGGACUGUGAUAUCAUACAUAAUCAAAAUGAUGGAUUUGAUAAUAUCUGUGCUUUUAGCGCAUCUGCGCAACCUUAUCCUGUGCCACGAAGGCCAAGACAUCUACAAGUCCUGUUUGGAUCAGAUAAAGCCAAUGUCUAUUGGGAUAAACCUGAAAAUAUGAUUGAAGCUAGUCCAUCUGCCUGGCAAAACUGGACUUAUGCUAUAAACUGCUCGAUGAAUGAUUUGGUCGUGAUGAUAUUUAGUGGAAUAACUGGCACAAGUGUAACCGUACCAGAUCUGCAGAGCUUACAGCUGUACAACUUCACAGUCAGGGCUUGUUCUCCUGCUGGAUGCUCCAGAUCAGUCUCAUAUGAAGGAACAACUCUCCAGCCUGCCAAUGAGCCCCCAUAUAUUGCUGCUGCCAGUGAUGAUGAAAUAUGGAAGCAAGAUUUGGAUAGCAUUGAAUUUAUGGAAAAAAUUGUGUCUCAUAUUGGAGAUGUGCAAGAUAUGGAUUGGUAUGGUUCUACAAUCUACUGGACUAACACUUCAGGUCACAUUAACUGGAUUGAACUGGGAAUUCAGUCUCUGAGUGUGAUGACAAUGCCAUCACCCAUGAAUGCUGAAGCGCUGGCCUUUGACUGGCUGGGACAGUAUCUAUACUGGAGCUGCAACUCAAAUCAGAUAUGCCGAGGGUCUACAUCUGAUCACGGGGUUGAGAUAUUUCUUCAAGCAGAGCAGAAGAUUCUCAGUUUGGUGAUUGAUUCAUUGAAUGCUGCCAUCUACUGGACCACUGAAACAUCAGUAGAAGUCUGUAGACUGGAUGGAGAAGACUACCAACUCCUGGAUAAACUGAGUGUGUUCUCUGGGAAAGAGGUUGCUGGUAUCACUUUGAAUGUGAUUGAAGGAAAUCUGUAUUGGCUGGUGCAGGACGGCUCCUUGUUGAAUCUUUACAGAGUCAACAUCAGUCCUCACGGGACACAGAAGUCUAAAGCAGUAGAAUUUGCAAGAUGGACCACAUCUCAAAUCUCAUAUCAUCAAGUGGGCUCCUAUAGCGGACGAAUUGUUUGGCUGGAUGAAAACAAACAGCUCAGGAUUCAGGAGUUAAACCAAAACAACAGUGUCCUUAUGUCUUCCGACAAAACACUGACAGCUUUUUCUGUUGUACAGCAAAUGCUGAAGCCUCUUCCAGAUGGAUUCGUAUCUCUUCCUGUAGUUAUCCCACCUGCAGUUUCCAAAAUUGUUCUUGAAGGGAAUGACACAUUUUUUCAGAUACUCUGGGAACCCAGCAGUGUUGACUACGGCACAGUGAUUUAUUGUGUAGUGUCUAAAGAACUGUGGAAAUAUGUGGAAAAUGGGAAACAGCUUCAAAAUAAAUACCCCACCAGAUAUUGCCAUCCUGUUAAUACGUUUUCCGAAACAGUCAUAAAUGUCACACGAUUCAAACCAGGAACCAAAUUUGACGUCACCAUAACCCCUUUUUCAUAUUGGGGUAAAGGGGAAUCGACACAAACAACUUUCAUUACUCCAGGAACUUCAUUAGACACUGACAUGACAUUGAUUAUUUUGAUCGUAUCAGUCACUGCUGGAAUUACACUAAUUAUUAUAAUCGUCGCAGCAGUCAUUUGGCACAGACGCCAUAAGAAAAAGAUUCGUGGGACAGUUACACAAACAGGUGUGGACAUCCAUCCAGAUGUGGAGUUAGAGUAUAUUCGAGGUUUAGUUGGUCUUGGGAAUGCCUGCUUUGCCAUCAGUACCAUACCCGCCCAAGGAGAGAUUGAGUCACUUCCAGUGUUUCCCAGAGAAUGUCUGAAGCUCCAGAGGUUGUUGGGUAGUGGUGCUUUUGGAGAAGUUUAUGAAGGCGUUACAGUUGGCAGUCAAAUCAUUGGAGUUGUGCCAGAGGGGAGGAGUGUGGCUGUCAAGACACUGAGGAAAGAUGCCAGCGACUAUGAGAAAACGGAAUUCCUAAAAGAAGCUCAUUUGAUGAGCCAGUUUAAUCAUCCUAACAUCCUGCGCUUGCUUGGAGUGUGUCUGCUAAACGAGCCACAUUACCUCAUCCUGGAGCUGAUGGAAGGAGGAGACCUUCGUUCUUACCUGAGAGGAGCUCGUCCUACCAAUACCCACAAAGAGCUACUAACCCUCACCAGCCUUCUGGACAUCAGUUUGGAUGCUGCCACAGGAUGUGCUUAUUUAGAAAGGAUGCACUUUGUUCAUAGGGAUAUUGCCGCAAGGAACUGUUUAGUGUCAGUAAGAAGCUACACAGACCCAGAAAGGGUCGUUAAAAUAGGAGACUUCGGAUUGGCCCGUGAUGUGUAUAAGAACGACUACUACAGGAAGAAGGGUGAAGGUCUGCUUCCUGUUCGCUGGAUGUCACCAGAGAGUCUAACAGAUGGCAUUUUCAAUAAAUAUUCAGAUGUCUGGGCAUUUGGUGUGCUCUUAUGGGAGAUUAUGACAUUGGGAAAGCUACCGUAUCCCACAUACACCAACCAUGAAGUCUUAAGCCAUAUCAGUACAGGUGGACGAUUGCCUUCACCAGCAGGAUGUCCACAGAGAUUGUAUAAUCUGAUGAUGGGUUGUUGGAGUAAAGAACCAACUGAGAGGCCAAACUUCCAGUGCCUUGAGGAAACCCUGAGUAAAUUGAGAGAUUAUGAGGCGGAUAAAAGAGCAAACCAGAAUGGAGCUGAAGGUCAUGUGAACCAAGCCUACCAGGAAGACGAGGAGGAGGUCUGCACCGGUGUGGAUGAAGAUGAAGUUCUGGAAACUGGACUGUCUCCUGUGCUCAGCAACGAGGGACUAAAUUACUUGAUGUAUCGAGCUGAGAGCCCAGACAGUGUCCGAACAGACUCAUUGACACCCACUGAAGAUAGAUAAGACUAUAAUUGCCAAUGUGGUUGUUGAAGUCACUGGCACCUCAAGUUUGCACAAAAACCUGUGAGCUGGACCUCACUUUUGUAAUCUUUCUUGUAAAUACUGUAUAAUAAUAAUAAUAAUAAUAAUUAUUAUUAUUAAUAUUAUUAUAAUAGUUUUGUAUUGUAUAAUGUUGAAUGAUCAAUAAACAGAUAUCAAUAUUAUGCAAAACCAAUAGAUCUGUAUUCCAUUAAAGAAAUACCAGUACUUGCAAUUUUGCAAAUGAUUAAAUGGUUAAUGGUUAAAUUAUGCGAACAGAAAAAAAAUAAAUAUUCAUUUGAUGUAUAAUGUGUAAAGUUGAAAAAGUGUUUGCCCCCUUCCUCAGGACUUUGACUAGGCCACUCCAAAGUCUUC